AUGAGCGGGCCACUUGAUCACGCUUGGCAGUCUGAACCCCAUCCAUCUGUCCAAGGUGAAAAGGAUCCAAUCACCUACGACACAGCUGCGGCUGAGAAUGAAGAGGUCUCACCUUUGACCCGACCUGACUGGACGGUUUUCGGAACAUGCUAUCCCAGGAGCACGCCCCGGGUCAUAGUGGAACAGCCAGUGAACGCCAAAGUGGCCAUUCCUCGACUUGACCUUCCACUUGUAAGCAAUAAUGGCCGAGUUAGUCGAGCAUGCCACAAUUGUCGCAAACAGAAAAACAAGUGUUCUGGCCAUCGACCUUCUUGCCUCCGCUGCGAGGAAGCCAAUGUCCUUUGUGUCUAUGUCGACAGGAAACGGGAGAGAAAUGCCAGACAACUUACAGCCAUGACAACCCAACUCCAGCAAUACGAAUCUCUUGUCCGCGAUAUUUAUCCCAAAUUCGACAUCGAGCUGGCCAAAACCGUCGACCAAGCUCUCGCAAAAAUAGCUAAUAUUACCCCUUCAUCGCCGACCGUCGCCAAAAUACCAGACGAGACAGACUCGUCAACCCCAACACUUUUCUACGCGGAUCACACCCUGGAGGACUUUAACGGAGACAUGUCACUGCAAGCGAUUGGCUUCGUAGGAGAACAUUCGGCAACCGCAUGGUUAUACAGGCUUAGGUGCUUGAUCAGUCAGCCAAUUUCCAACCCAGAUGGCCAAUUUGAGGAAUCAGCCCGUCCAUCAGUUUCGUCCUGUGGAUUCUUCAUGGAUGAUGCCGGAGUACCACCGAUAGACGACCUGGAUGUCUUCGCAUAUCCCCCACAACUGGUCGCCGAUGAACUGGUGGAUCGAUACUUCCAAGUUGCGCACGCCUCCUUUCCCGUCGUCGGCAAAGAAAUUUUUCUAAGCCAGUGUCGCUCAUUUUAUUCAAACUCAACAACGCAUCCUGGAAACAAGUGGAUGGCGUUAUUGAAUAUGGUGUUUUCGAUCGCUGCAAGGCAUUCUGAGCUUUCCGGAGAACAAUCCCAGCAGAAUCACAGUAGCCACACGGUGUACUUUUCCCGUGCCCAGCGGUUAAGCAUGGGCGAGGGUGCGCUAUUGGACAAUCCCAACCUGCAGCAAACUCAGGUAGAGGGGCUAAUAUCACUUUAUUUGCUUUCCAUCGGACAGCCCAAUAGGGCAUGGAGAACAUGCGGUAUUGCAAUUCAGUCGGCGAUCGCGAUGGGAAUUCACCUUCGUAGCGAAAGCCCCAGCAUCACACACGUGUCCAAAGAAACCAGAUACAGGCUAUGGUGGGCGCUGUACAUGUUGGACAUCCUGCUCGGUGUAAUGACUGGACGCAUGCCCAGAAUUCAGCAGGAACACUGCACAACCCCUUUGCCGGUGCCUUACAAGGAGGAAGACUUUCGCGAUGAGCAUGUGAUGAGGCUUAUCUUGGACAAUCAAUCCAGAGCCCGCCUCAUGGCUUCUCUACUCUCCUGCGACCCUGCGACUGAACCGAACGACCGUUUAGCCGUUUCGCUUUCUUUACAGUCCACGGCUCAACGGGACUCACCCACCCAGCAGCUGCAGGCUAACGUCUCAUUAUACUUACUUUAUUCCAUUGACUUGGCAGCCGUAAUGAGACAAGCAAUCGAGAUCUUGUAUUCUCCCGAAGCGGGACGAAAACCACGCAACGACACCGAACUGGCCAUGGCAUCGCUCAACAGCGCUGCUGACAACUGGUUCGCUCGGCUCCCUACGACUUAUCGUUUCACCGAAACCAAAGUCGACCGAGCUUUUGUCCGUCAGCGGACAAGUUUGGCGUUUCAAUACUAUUCGACCAAACUUGUCAUUUCACAGCCUGCCUUCCGUUCUUAUACCAGCGGUGAAGACUAUACCACUGGUAUUGAUACCCCAAUGACAAUGAUUUGUCUCAAUUCAGCAGGCCAAAUGCUUGAUCUCUUACCCAAUGAACCAAACAUCUCCUGGCUCUUGAGUUGCUCACCUUGGUGGUGUGCUCUCCAUUAUCUCACGCAGAGCACCGUAGUACUCAUAACGCAGUUGCUCGGCCGGGAUAAAAUGGGUGCUAGCGAAAGAAAUGAGUCAGUCGAAAGAGUCCAGAAGGCUCUGCGAUGGUUGACUGAGUGUUCCACCAGGGAUCCUUCUUUCAAGCGAGCUUGGACUAACUUCACUGAGCUCCUGUCGUCCCAAGGAUCGGAAAUUUUAAAAUAA